GGCCGACGGACCGGGCCGGGCCGGGCCAGACCCGCCCGCUCCUUCCAGAAGCUUCCUCCGGCCGGGGCCGCCCUCCUCCACCAGCUGGCUCAGCCCGCGCCUGCCCGGAGCCACCUCGGGGGCUGCAGGAUGAAGGCGGGGGCCCGGGGGGGCCUGUAACCGUAGCCCCGGGAGCCGCCCGACCAGAGAAGGAGGACCCCCCGCCCCCCGGGGUGGAGGCCAGCCAUGGCUGAGGGCUGGCUGCACCUCUCCGGAGCGGGCUCGGUGGAGGAGCCCAGCGCCCUGGACGACAGCCUGACCAGCCUGCAGUGGCUGCAGGAGUUCUCCAUCCUCAACGCCAAGGCCCCGGCCCUGCCCCCCUCGGCCGACCCCCAUGGCUACCACCACGUGCCCGGCUCGGCGGCCCCCGGCUCCCCACUGGCCGCCGACCCCGCCUGCCUGGGCCAGCCGCACACCCCCGGCAAGCCCACGGCGUCCUGCACGUCGAGGAGCUCGCCCCCGGGCCUGCAGGGCCCACCCCAAGGCGACGUGGACUACGCCACCAACCCGCACGUGAAGCCGCCCUACUCCUACGCCACACUCAUCUGCAUGGCCAUGCAGGCCAGCAAGGCCUCCAAGAUCACCCUGUCCGCCAUCUACAAGUGGAUCACCGACAACUUCUGCUACUUCCGACACGCCGACCCCACCUGGCAGAACUCCAUCCGUCACAACCUGUCGCUCAACAAGUGUUUCAUCAAAGUGCCGCGGGAGAAGGACGAGCCCGGCAAGGGCGGGUUCUGGCGCAUCGAUCCUCAGUACGCCGAGCGCCUGCUGAGCGGCGCGUUCAAGAAGCGUCGGCUGCCGCCCGUGCACAUCCACCCGGCUUUCGCGCGGCCGGCCCAGCCCGGGCCCGGAGGGGCCUUGGCCGUCAACCCCGAGGCCCAGCAGCUGCUGCGGGAGUUCGAGGAGGCCACCGGCGAGGCGGGCUGGGGCCCCGGCGAGGGCCGGCCCGGCCACAAGCGCAAGCAGCCCCUGCCCAAGCGGGUGGCCAAGGUCCCCCGCCUGGCCGGCGUCCCCACCCCGCUGGGCCCGGAGGAGCCCGAGGAGCCGGCCGGGCUGGGCCCGCUCAAGGGCGACUUUGACUGGGAGGCCAUCUUCGACGCCGCCCCGCUGAACGGCGACUUCGGUGCCCUCGAGGCCCUGGAGCUGAGCCCGCCGGGCAGCCCGGCCCCCCGCGAUGUGGACUUGACCGUUCACGGCCGCCACAUCGACUGCCCCGCCACCUGGGGCCCCACGGUCGGGCCGGCCCCCGACCCCCUGGACUUCGACGAGACCUUCUUGGCCACCUCCUUCCUGCAGCACCCCUGGGACGAGAGCCGGGGCGGCGGUUGCCUGCCCCCCGAGCCCCUGUUCGAGGUCGGAGAAGCCGCGCUGGCCGCAGAACUGCACGACUGGGCCACCGUGGGGGCCUUCUUGUGAAGGCCGGGCCCGGCGUCCCCGGCCGGACGAUCCGCCCCUCCCUCCCCCAUCAGCUGGCCACACGCACACCCCGUGGAGAGGACCGAUCCAGACCAGACCGAGGGCGCACCCGAGCCCCCCCGCCACAGGCCCGGCGUCCCUGCUUGGGGUCAGCCAGAAGAUCUGAGCUCAGGAGGCCCUAGCGGACCCCUUUCCCAGCCCUGGGGUCCCCCAUGGAGUUGCAAGGCCCGGGCCCUCCCCUCCCUGGAAGCAGGACCUCCAAACUGUAGCCAGCGGGGCACAUCCAACGUGAGGUGGGAAGGGCCCUGGUCCGGACUCGAGUGGGAAACUAGCGCUCUUCCUGGACAUCCCUCCCUGCCUCUCCCCGAGCCCUCCCACCUCCAUCCCCCCGCCCCCUCCCCUCUCUGCCCCCUCUUCCUCUCUUGCCUCAUUCCCCGAGCUGCUGUUCAGGGAAGUGCCCAGGUACAACAGGCGCUAAUUAGAUGGCAACAAAGUAAACCCAGUGGGACUUCCUGGAGGGAGGUAGAGGUGAGGAGGGAUGGAGCUAGGGGGAGGGGAGAGGAUGGUCUGAGAAAGGCUCCGUGGGGGAGGGGGUCAGCGAGAGCCAGAGCGACCUCUCUCUUCUGGCCGGGGGCUUCUCCCUGGGGCGGGUGGGGAAAGACAGGCCCUCAACUCUGGCCUCCAAAAGGCCAGGGGAGGAGACAGCAGAGAGGGGUGUGAGGAUCUGGAGAUGGGUCAGGGAGCAGAUUAAAUAAACUAGGUAGCUGUAGGUAGGUAGCCGUAGGUCGGUAGCUAUAGCCAGAGCUAGGAGAGAGUAGUAAAUGGUUAACCAAGGCACCCCCCCCCCCACGGCCCCCCCAUGACUAAACAGCUCCCUGGGGUGCUGGGGGCCAGAAGGAGGAGGAGUUGGGAGAGGGGGAUCAUGACCUCCAGGGGUGGGUGGGUAGGGGACCCAUCAGCCUCCCAGCCUGGACAACCCCCCAGCUCCAGGGAAACUGCACCUUCACCUUCUUCUGUAGCAAUUUAAUCUUUUUCAUGGCAAGUUAUUUCCAAUAAAAGAGCUGAAAAUUA